UGCACGAUCAUCAUCAGCUAAACACAUUCGUAGGGAUUUUUGUUGUGCAGUGCUCGAUGACCGUGGAAUUUGUCAAAAUUAAAAAAUACCGAAAUGUCUGCGGUAUAAGAAAACGCUUCAAACACACCACGCUUUGUGUGCCGUUCAUUUAAAACACGAGAAAAGGAUACAUUCACAAAAGUACUGGAAUCAAAGGCACGUUAGGGGAGGAUAUGGAGGUGGAUGCCAGUUUGAGCUCAGAGAUGGAGUUGGAUCCUGAGUUGGAGGAGGAGUUAGGGGUGUCUUUGGACGAGCUGCGCAAGUGGAUCGAGGAGCAGGUGGAUGGCAGUGAAGCCGUGCGGCAGAGGAAAAAUCAGCUGGAGCAGCUGCAGGAAUGGGUUGAGAAGAGGGAGAAGGAGGUCUCUGAAAUGGACACUCUUUGCUCUAAUGCCUCAGAGUCUGUGGUUCAGUGUGAAGCUCUAGUGAAGGACGUGUACAGUAAGAUGGGUCUAGUGUAUCGUGAGAGCAGUUCGGAGGAUGAGGGUGUAGGUGGGGCAAAUACUUCUGAGGUCAUUGAGAUUGACGACGAUGAUGACGAUGAUGUCAUUGCUGUAGGAUGUGUGGUUCCUCCCAAGAAGGUUGUAACUCCAGCCAAGGACCCAGCAUUGAAGGAGGCUUCAGCUGCCCUUCAAAGAACAUCUCAGCAGGUGCAGAACCUGGCCCAGACGGUCAACAGAACAGCCCCAUCGGGUUUAACCCCUUCUGCUAAAGCCCCCUCCACACAAACCCAUGGUGCUCUGGCUGUUCCAGCUGUGUUUAUGUCUUCAGGCCCAAGGAAUGCGCCCACUCAACCGAACCCUAAUAUUAAACAGGAUAACAUCAAGCUCGACAUGACACUUUUGGGUAAAAAACGAACCAAGACGUGGCAUCGGGGAACACUUGUUGCCAUCAAACAAGUGGGAAACAAUUUUAAGUACAAGGUGAAGUUUGAAAAUAAAGGGAAGAGUCUUCUCUCUGGUAACCAUGUGGCAUUUGACUACCACCCAACACUGGAAAGACUGUUUGUUGGUGCCCGUGUUGUUGCCAGGUACAAGGAUGGCAAUCAAGUCUGGCUCUAUGCAGGCGUUGUCGCUGAGAUGCCCAACAGUAAGAACCGUAUGAGGUUCCUGAUCUUUUUUGAUGAUGGUUAUGCCUCAUAUGUGGGCCUUCCUGAGCUCUAUCCCAUCUGUAGACCUUUGAAAAAGACGUGGGAGGAUAUUGAGGAUGCAUCAUGCAAAGAUUUCAUUGAGGAGUAUAUCACAUCAUAUCCCAACAGGCCCAUGGUGUUGCUGAAGCCAGGGCAAAUUAUUAAGACGGAAUGGGAGGGGACAUGGUGGAAAAGCCGUGUGGAAGAAGUGGAUGGCAGCCUUGUCAAAAUGCUUUUCCUGGAUGAUAAGCGGAGUGAGUGGAUUUAUCGUGGCUCUACACGACUAGAACCGAUGUUUAAUCUGAAAAUGAACACCGCUAACAGUCAAGAGAAGAAAAUGGCUGGUCAACAAAGACAGCGGCCUAAUAUGGGAGCAUUAAGGACAAAGGGUCCUGUAGUGCAGUAUACUAGUGGUGACAACAGUACUUCUGGUACCAGUCGGCCUAUAGCCCCACAGCUCCCACCACCUCGGCCACUGCCGACCGGACCCCCACAGCCUUCCCGCACAGAGAGUCCCAGUUUAAAGAGUCAAAUGGCUAAGAAGAGCACUGGUCCAGUUGCAAUGCAGCCUCGUCAGGGCGUGACCCCUGACCUCCAGCCCAAAACACUAAUUGGCACUGUUCAGCAACACAAUACCUCCAGGCUCUUUCUUCUGCAGUCUGGACCUGUGCAUACGUUAACGCCAAUCACAUCAACAACUCAUAAUUUACAGACAACCGUGUCGACCUACACAAGUGAGCGUAUUCCUCAGGAGCCGUCGUAUCAGGCCCCAAAUGACCGACUCUUCUACCUUACACACAACUGCAGUCCAGACUGUCUAAAGCGCAUCCGGCCCACUCAUCACAACUUGCACCGAGGACGCAACCCGCUUCUUACCCCAUUGCUCUAUGAAUUCCGGCGCAUGACAGGCCGUAGACGACUUAACCGCAAGAUGUCGUUCCACGUCAUCUACAAGUCCCCCUGUGGCUUGAGUCUGAGGAAUAUGGCAGAGAUCCAGCGCUACCUCUUCCAGACACACUGUGACUUCAUCUUCUUGGAGAUGUUCUGUCUGGAUCCAUAUGUGUUGGUUGACCGCCGAUUCCAACCGCAGAGGCCGUUCUACUUCAUCCGGGACAUCACAGGUGGCCGCGAAGACAUUCCCUUGUCCUGUGUGAAUGAAAUCGACAGCACAUCUGCACCCAGUGUGGCCUACAGUAAAGAGAGAAUCCCAGCAGAUGGAGUCUAUAUUAACACCAGCUCAGACUUCCUGGUGGGCUGUGACUGCACUGAUGGCUGCAGAGACAAAUCCAAGUGUUCGUGUCACCAGCUGACUCUACAGGCUACAGGAUGUACUCCAGGUGGACAGAUCAACCCCAACGCUGGGUAUCAUCACAAGAGACUGGAAGAAUGUCUCCCCACAGGAAUCUAUGAAUGUAAUAAGCGGUGUCGCUGUAAUGCCCAGAUGUGUACUAAUCGUCUGGUUCAGCACGGUUUGCAGGUCCGACUGCAGCUCUUUAAGACCCAGAAUAAGGGCUGGGGCAUUCGUUGCCUUGAUGACAUUGCCAAGGGCUCCUUUGUUUGUAUCUAUGCAGGUAAAAUCCUGACUGAUGACUUUGCCGAUAAAGAAGGUUUGGAAAUGGGCGAUGAAUACUUUGCCAAUCUAGAUCACAUUGAGAGUGUGGAGAACUUUAAAGAAGGUUACGAGAGUGAGGCUCAUUGCUCCGACAGCGAGGGCAGCGGGGUGGACAUGAGCAGGGUUAAACUACCUGCUUCCUCCCAACACGGUAAAUCCACCACCAAGAUGGAGGAGCGUAACAGCAGCACUACCGGCAAAAGCCAAGACGAUUCAUCUGAAGACAGCGACGAUGACAAAGAUGAAGACUCUAAUGAUGAAAGCGACAGUUCAGAUGACACAUUUGUGAAAGACACUUAUUACACCACCAGCUCAGUGUGGAGGAGCUACACCACCCGCAGACAAGCCAAGGGAAUGAAGGAAGAGAGUCAGGACAGUAAGGAUGGGCUGAGUGUUUCUGCAGGCGAGGAGAGGAAGCCCCCUCCCAUGCCAGAGGAGACCGGGAAGAGUAAAGUAGCAUCUUGGCUCACCAAUCAAUCCUCCACUUCUGCGAAUCCGAGUGUCAAGGUGGAGGGAGCGGUUAAGACAGAGAAGAAGGAUGUGAUGACCCUCUCUGACAGUGAUGAUGUGCAAACGAUCAGCUCAGGAUCAGAUGACAACAAGGAGAGAGAGAAAAAGACUCAGGCGGUGGUGAAGAGGCAGGUGGCGGUGAAGUCCACUCGUGGCAUUGCUUUGAAGUCCCACGGUAUGAUGGUGAAAACGGGGGGAGGGGGUGCAGGAGGAGGUGGGUCAGGCCCAACUCGUGGGUCAGGCCCGUCUCAUGGACUGGGAGGUGGCGGGGGUGAAGGUGGCCAUAGAAACACCCGCCUGUUCUUUGACGGGGAGGAAUCCUGUUACAUCAUCGAUGCCAAACUGGAAGGCAACCUCGGACGCUACCUCAAUCAUAGCUGCAGCCCUAAUCUGUUCGUCCAGAACGUGUUUGUGGACACUCAUGAUCUACGCUUCCCCUGGGUGGCCUUCUUUGCUAGCAAGCGAAUCCGAGCAGGGACGGAGCUGACAUGGGAUUAUAAUUAUGAAGUUGGCAGUGUAGAGGGCAAGGAGCUUCUGUGCUGCUGUGGAUCUACAGAAUGCAGAGGACGACUGCUGUAAUGCUCACACACGGACUAAAGGUGCCUCCUAUCUUAGACGUACCAGUGAACACGUACUUGGAGCUCCUGGAAGUUGUAUUUGUCCAGUAAGGUCUGUGCUACUCCUAAGAACUUAGCAGACACUAGAUGAAGAUAAAUUUGUUCAGGAACUUACUGAAGUAAUUAAAAAAGUGUAUGUACUCAUGCGUCCAACUGUCCUGCUUCUCAGAGUUUCACCUUAAACCCCAAAAGGGCCCAUGACAACUAUCACUAUGGUUUAUGCAAUCCUUACAGCAAACAGUCAUUUCUUUUUUACAUACAUAUGGCAAUCUCUAAUGUUUUGCUUAGUCAAUCUUUUGCUCUUCUUUUAUAUAUGUAGUUUUAAAAAUGAAGAUCUAAGUUCUUUUCUUUUUUUUCUUUAACUCAUGGAUUUGUGAUUGUCAUUGUAUGCUACUGUGUAAAUUUGCUUUUGUUGGUCAAGUUUAUAAAAACAGACAAAAUUGUUCUUUUGUCGCAAUUUGAAUUAAAGUUCUCCAAAGAUCAAAAA